GACUGUCCUCGGGAAAUACGAACAAAUUGAGUCACGUCUAUAAACGGACCAAUUAGCUAAUUCUCAUGAGAACACAACCUGACUACCACCGUUAAGCAUAGACUGUUUAAUGAAUCGUUCGUAACAUGGCUUAUUUCACUGUAAAUCUUGACUCCGAUAGUGUUUUUGACGAUGCCGACCAAGAGUUGUCAACAGGAUCUGUUGGUGCAGAUGAUGGGGACUCCCCGACCAAUGUGUCCUUUGUGCAGGCGUUGAAGCACAAAUACUGUGAGGAGUCACUUACAUCAUUGUACAAGAAUACCUCAAGAAAAAGGUCGUCUUCAGCCGAAUUAGGGUUUUUGCAAAAUGUGGUACUUGGUGGUUUUGAGAUCACAUGUGCAGGUUUGCCGAAAGAGGGUUUAGUUACAUUGUGUCCAAACGUUGUGGAUCUUGACUUAGCUAAAAAUGAGCUUGAUUGCUGGUCAGAGGUGUUAGCAAUCAUGACUGAGCUUCCCUGUCUAAAGUUUGUUAAUCUUAGUUUUAAUAAACUAAAGAAUGACAAGAAAUGCAUCAACAGUUAUGGGAAAAGUUUCCCAUUGGUUGAAAAUCUUGUUCUGAAUGGAACUGAAAUUUCAUGGCAAGAUAUGGCAGUGCUGGCAAAACUGAUGCCAAGACUCAAAGAGCUUCAUUUGUGUGGAAACGGAUAUAAUGAAGUGGAAUAUCAAAGCAGACAGGAUUUCUUAGAUGCAUUCUCAUCUGUUCAAUGUAUAAGAUUGAACAAUAAUAAUAUUGUCAACCUGCCGAGAAUUAAGAUACUGAAUGGGAGUGAAGUAUCAGGCAAUGAAAGAGAGAAAGCUGAGAUUCAUUAUGUGAGGUAUUUUGCAGAUGAAGAAUCUCCACCGAAUAGAUACCAUGAGCUUACCAAGAUAUAUGGUAAACUUGAAAAGAAUUACAAGUUAUACAUGAGAAAGCCUUUUAAGAGAGAUGCAGAUAUAAAAAUCAUGUACAAUGGUAAAUGUGUUGAUGAAAUUCAUGUGAAGCUUAAAGACGCUAUUGGCAAACUGAAAUCAACAUGUUCAAAUCUAACAUCUCUACAUAGAAGACACAUACGCAUGUUUCACAUGUCUAAGAACGUAGUAGAUGACAAUGGAGAACCAGUGUUCCAGGAAUUAUUCUUAGAAUCACUACCAAUGAGUCGAUUUGAUAUCAUGGAUGGUGAUGAGAUAUAUGUGGAAAAGAAGCAAUUUGAAUACUAUCGAUAA